AUGGAUACUAGAAACGUCGACCCGCUGCCCACACACCUGUCCGGCGACUUUGCGCACCUGUCCUCCUGCCGCGACAUUGACCAGUGCUACGAGCGGCUGAACAAAAUCGAAGAAGGCACCUACGGCAUAGUCUACCGCGCGCGCGACCUUCACACAAACGAAAUUGUCGCCCUAAAGCAUCUCAAACUCACACAAGAGCGCAAUGGGUUCCCAAUAACCUCUCUCCGCGAAAUCCACACCCUCCUUUUGGCCAAGCACCCAACAUCAUCAAUGUGCGGGAGAUCUCCGUUUCAGCCAUCCGAGGUCAAGUCGCUGAUGCUUCAGCUGUGUAGUGCGAGACUGAAGACGUCCAACCUGCUGAUGGCUAAUGGCGGCGCCCUGCGGGUGGCUGACUUUGGGCUUGCGCGCAAAUACAGCAGUCCCCUGGGCCAUAUGACCGGUCUCGUCGUCACCCUGUGGUACCGCGCACCUGAACUUUUGCUUGGCGCAAAGGGGUACUCGACCGCAGUUGACAUGUGGUCCCUGGGCUGCAUUUUUGCCGAGCUCUUUGUGCACAAGCCGUUUUGGCAGGGCCGAGGCGAAAUCGACCAGAUCGGCAAGAUCUUUGCCGCCAUCGGUGUGCCCACGCAGGAGUCAUGGCCGGGGUUCGAUUCGUUGCCAAACGCCAAGAUGUUUAGGUUUUCGCAGCGCCCGGAUUCGGACUCCCAGUAUGGCUUGACUAGUCGGCUACGUGGAUGUGCUGGUGUCACUGGGAGUGCCCUUGAUUUGAUGCGCCGCAUGCUGACGCUUGACCCUCGGCAGCGCAUUACGGCCGAGGAGGCAAUCAACCAUCCGUAUUUUGCAGAGGUGCCGCCACCCAAGCACCCGAGCAUGUUUCCCACUUGGCCGUCCAAGGCGUCGUCCUGA